UGUGUUUGGGCCGUGUGUGACUGCUGCUGUGUGUGCGGCAUGUUGUACCUGUAUAUCUCUGCAUGAGCACGUAUAAGAGUCUGUGAGAGAGAUUACCUGUUCGUAUGUAUUUUCAUAUACUGUAGCAGCAUGUACUGUAUGGGGCUGCUUCACAGUGAGAGUGAGCAUAUGAGUGAUUUAAAAUAGUGUGACUGUACUGGAUGAUGCAGUGCAUAAGCAGUAUGCAUGCAGGACAGUCAUUACCAUUUAACUUGGUCUAAGGCCAUGUCCAAACUGGAAAAAAUUUCAAGUUUUUUCUGUCCACAGAGCUUUUUCUGAUUGUUUUCUGAAAGUUCACUGAAAUACCACCACAACAAGAAAAGGCUCAGAUCUCUUCUGUUGGGCAUUUGCAGCCAUACAGCUUUGCACAGUUUCCUCCAGAGGCAUUUUGAAAUGCUGUUUAUUGUUUAGGAGCAGGCAUGAAGAACAGAGCAUGUCAAAAUUCUUCAAAAUGGAUCACAUGACAAGAGAACCUGAGAAUGCAUAACAAUCAUAUGUUACAGUAAGGCUCUGACUCUGUUUUCCCAAUAGAUCCAAAUACAAAAAGGGGCAAUUUCAAAUGUACCCAGAGCAUGGCGUUUUCCAGGAUUAGUGUGAAGUGGAAGGCCAAAAACAGAAGAAAUUGAUCCGCUUUAGUGUGGACAUGGGUUAAGUUUGCUGUGACAUGCUUAGCCAAUCUGAGGCUGUGUACCAUCCUGUAGACGGUGAAAAUCAGAGAAAAGAGAGAGGCUACCCGCUCACUGGUUUCUAAAGAAUAAGCUGUUUGUACAGAGGGGACUGUUAAAAAUGGUUGAUGGGCUUUCAAAUACCAAGAGGUACAGAAUGUGCAUGUGCCACUCCAACUAUUCUGAGAAGUCACACCGCAGCAACCUCCUCUGUCCUCACACAGAGAUGAGAUGAAAAAUCAACAUACCGUGAAAAAUGGCUUGUCAAGCUUCAGUCAGCAGGUUUCACACCAUCCAUUCAGUCACAGAAUUCCUUAUAGGAUACUGUACACACAAGCAAAGGUAAAAGGGAAAUUCUGCAAUUGAAUGAAACUGUCCUCCACUCUCCUUAUCUCUCAUUUAAUUUUUUUCUCCUGCUGAGCUCCUUUCUCUGCUAAUUUCUGUUUCCUAAUGCUCCUACACACUUUCGUGCCAUGUGUGUACUUUUGUAAGCUCAAAGCUGAGAUGCUUGUUUCUGAGCCAGCCACACACUACUGACACGCUUUGAUAAGGCAAACAAAAAAAAGCGAAAUGUAAUGACAUUUCUGUGCAAAGCUGUAAAAGAAAAGCUCCACUGUUACUUAAGACUUUCAUUCAAACAGACCAGACCCCUGGGUGUUAGUUAGUUAGUUUUUUGUGGGGAAAUUCACUUUUAUGCCGAGAGUUAGAUGACAAGAUUGAUGCCACUCUCAUGUCUGUACAGUGGUUCAUCAGUGAUUUCCAAGUUAACGACCUCUGACCCCCCAGCUAUCACUGAAGUGGGGACCUCUGGACCUGCUGCUGCUCAUACUGAAUCAGCCACAGUGGUGCCAAGCAGCACUGGCCAAACCCAAAGCCUUCCAGAAACCAGCAGCAUCGCAACACUGGACAUACGAAACCCGCUGCCCCUGGACUUUCCUCAUCCUCUAACACCUCCUCUUCCUCCUCCACCUCCUCCUGCUACAGACAGCCCUGACCUCCCACCUCUGUCACCUCCAGUCCCGCCUCCACCCCUGCCAUCAUCCAAACCUUCUUCUACCUCCAGUCCUCCUCUUCCCCCAACACCGCCUCCAGCUGAGAGCCCCCAGCGUCCGACCACCCUCAACCUAAAGACGCUGCCACGGCCCACCGUCAGGGAGAACGGUGGCCCCCCGCCGGGGGUGGAUGAGGAUGAGGAGGAGAAGAAGAUGCUGGAGGAGGAUCUGAAGAAAUGCAUUGAGGACUUCAAAAAGAUCCGCUUGCCCAGAGUAUUUCCGGAUCGCAAGAGGCACUGGCAAAGUGACUUGCUCAAGAAGUACAAUGCAUAGAGCGCUUUGUUGUGGCACCGUGGUGAACAAACUUGACAAGGAUUUUAUAACAAUGGUGAAAACAUGUUGUGAGCAGUGGACUCCAGCUAUAUAUUCACAUUGCUCUGAAUCGUAGCUUUUGCAUGUCAACAGAACUAAAUUGUUUGAUUAGGUGUAGUGCUUAGGAUGAGCAUCUAGCAAUCACACAUACACAAUUAAACCAGUGAGAUUUGUAUUUUCCCAUCAUAGAAAACAACAUCCCUAUAGAGAUUGUUAGUGACACUUUGUUCCACACAGCUAUUUGGAGACAUUAGAACAUAUUUUACUUUUCACUCACUCAAAGGUAAAUAUACAUAAUGUUGUUAAUUAGAAAUUUCUGCCCUGCUCUCUGUACUGUGUCCCAAGCAACUGGAAAAUGUAAGCUAAGUGUGAAAUUUUAGGCAUUUGACCUUGCUGAUGCAAAAUAAAAGAAAGAAGUGAAAUCUCUGGUGCUAAUCAUCCAAACUAUCUCACCUCAUCAAUAUUAAACGUAUGACUUCAAA